GUAUUUCAACUCUAUGCUACUAAAAUUGUUAUGUUUUCUCCUAAUUUAGCGCCUUAAAAUUACAUUGACUUCAUUCUUGUAAAAUGAUUGCUGAUUUCAAAAGUUGUAGUUUUCCUGUUAAACUAUAAAUGUAGAACGUGCCGCGGACUAAUACAAUCAACAAAUGGCCCACGGGCCGCAGUCUGGACACCCCAGGUCUGGAACCAACGUUCCACAAACACAGCCAGGUUCGCCAUCCAGCAACCGUAGUCCGCGUGUACGCCUCCACUCCAUAUCUGGCUAUCUGAUCCUUGAUGGCAUUUCCUGGGACAGGAAGUGACAUCAUACAUGGCAUGGUUCAUAACAACUCUGCUUGUGUGAGCUGGUGGGCUAUUUCUUCUUGUGUGAUGCUAAACAGUCCAAGGUUGUUCAUCUGGUGAAGAGGACUGAACUGUGAGGGAUCAAUCAGUCUGAUCUUCAUGGCCAAUAACGUUAUUGCUUUAUCUCCUCAGCGUUUGGCUGGUUUUACCGAUACGAGGGGAAGCUUCCAUCGUUCCGCAAGGUACUGUUGCUUGCCCGCAUCCGUUGCGGUGAUGCCAGAGAAACCCAACCAAGAGUUUCCAGUCAGAUGAUCCAUUUUGACCGUGAAGAUGAGUUGGGUUCCUGGUUGGGCGUUGUGGCCUCGCAUGGUUUGCUGUGGAGUUUGCAGUGACGGACACUCCAUGUCUUGUAUUGACAAAGUAUUGCCGCCCCAGAAAGGAGAGAAGAAGAAGAAAAAGAAGAAGGUGUCCAACACCGACACGCUGCAGGAGCAGAGAAAAAACAAAAAGGAGAUGGAGUUCGAGCUGAAACUGGCCAAGGAGAAAGAAGAGAUGUACGAACGGGAGAAGCAGCUGAAGAUCAACAGGCUGGUUCAGGAGGUUUCCGAGACAGAAAGGGAAGACCUGGAGGAGUCGGAGAAGGUUCAACACUGGGUGGAGCGUCUGUGUCAGACGCGGUUGGAACAAAUCUCUUGCGUGGAGAAUGAGUCGCCAGAGCUUUCGCCUCCACUGUCCCCGACUUCGGAGCCCAAGGUGAAGCGUUUCCCCGGAGGUCUUCACCUGGCCACCACCGACCUGGAUGACAUCAAUCUGGAUGAGGUUGAUCAAAGCCUGAAGGGGCCGCUCAAGAGGCUGGCCCCCACCCAGCCGCUGAUGAGCCAGCCUCCCCCGCCCUUGCCCCUCCCUCCGCCGUCACCCAAACUAAACCCCACCGUUCCCAACUAUUCUCCAUCUUCUUCAAAACUAUCUCCCCAGCAUCACGCGCCGCCCCCACCCCACCUUGACAAACCUACCUCGGGCAGGACGGGGCGCAGGCUUCACCCUGCCCAAGCCCCGCCUCCAUCUCAGUCUACCCGUCCCCCAUCAUUCCCUCAACCCACCCCAAGACCGCCGCCCCCUCCUCCUCCCCCUCCUCCGCCACCCCCGCCGCCCCCACUCCCGCAACAGUCGGAAGAGAGAGUUUCCGCCUUCGGUGGUUCCCGCCAGCAUCCUCACCUCCCUCACCCCGCCAGUCCGCCCGGAGGCAGGAGCGAGUGGGAGGCAGGUGGCUACCUGCCGAGGGGGGGCAUCUACUCCUCCAACGCCAGUGAGAUGUCCUACCCUCCCAGUCCCAAGGUGAUGAGAAAUACAUCCCACGCCAGUCGCAUGUCCACUCCUUCCUUGCAACUAGCGCCCAGUCCGCCCAACCAGCGCCGUCCGACAGCUCCUGUCAUGUCCAAGCCCGUCAUGCUGCCCCAGUCGCAGACCCACCGGCCGGAUCCACACAGAGCCGCUGUCCGCUCUGACGGCCUGGUAUGCAAUGACACUCGUCAUGUGAUUCCCCGUAAACGUGAUCCGCCAAACGGUUGCUUAAUUGAAGUCUUGCAACACGGCAGCUGCUUUAUGGAAAAUACGUUUGUGGAUAUCAGAGUUGGGAGACAAACCUAUUCCUAUGUGGUAUCCAGUAGCUUCUAUUUAAGCUGUUUUUUUGUGGGCUCCUAUAGAGCAGCUACACACAAUAACCAGCACAGAAAACUUUCUAGAGCUUCCGGAAUCUGCACCUAUUCAGCUGUAUUUCCUUGGAUUUGUGCUUCCCACUGUUUUCAUUUAUUCCACCCACGGUCCGCCUCCAGACACGCCCACGGCGCUGUAAUUGGCCACACUCCCAAAGUGCUUCCUAACUACGAACAUACCCCACUUUCUUGCUUUUUGGGGUAUAGGAGUUCUAAUAAUGAACAAGAUCUUUGGAGAGCUAACUGAAAAGUGGUGAUGAGCUAGCGGCUAGCUGGUGCCUACUCUGGACAUCAUCGGCCAUCAGCUUCAACAUCGUAAUCAACGGGGGGUGGGGGGGGGGUCAUGUCAAGGCUCUGUUUUCUUCUCAAGAUGAACCUAAUUUGCCAGUCGUCAUGGUUACCUGGAAUCUUGUCAUUGACUUCUAGGAUGUUGGUGUGCCUGGAGUGCAGCCAUGAAACAUGUCUUCCAUUUAGCUUCCAAUACCAUCUUGUGUUUCAGCCUCCAGAAAUGUUGAAGCGGAUGGUGCCGUUCAACUCGUCUUUCAGAUCCAACACCAAACCACAAGUAAUCCCAGUCCUGCCUCUUUUCAUUCCACCUUUGCUCUACUGGCCUUUCUUCUUGGAUACGGGCUUUGAGGUUCUGUA